AUGUCGACGCGGCUGGAGAGCGGGACCAAGGUGGGGUGGCUGUUUAACUACCACCCCACCACCGAGGUGCUGCAGGAGGAGGAGGACGCUGUCGCCGGCGAGGGGGCACAGCGAGCGGCGCUCGUACUGCUCUUCCAGGACCUCGCCGGUGACACCUUCUACGUGCACCUCCACUACGACCCGUACAUCCUCGUGCAGGCCGUCGAGGGUCACGAACGCGAGGUGGAGCUCGGCCUCAUGUCCACCUUUGGCCCGCAGAUCAUCAGCGAAAUUAUCGCCGUGGAGAAGGAAGAUCUUGAUCUCGUCAACCACCUGAGUGGUAAGAAGCGCGUCUACCUCAAGGUGGUCUUCCGCAAUGUGCAGGACCUCACGACGGUGCGCGGGCGUCUGGAAAAGACUGUCAAGCUCAACGCCUCCCUCGGUUCCGAGAACCCGCUGCGGAGCCAGUUCAGCGGCUCGCUCGGUGACGCCAUGGCGAAAACGUUCGCCGAGGAUCCCCUUUACAGCGCAGCCGGUAGCAGUCGGUGGAUGGAUUGGGUGCAGGACAUACGCGAGUACGAUGUGAAGUACUACAUGCGCGUCGCCAUCGACAUGAAGGUGUACUGCGGCCUCUGGUACGACGUGACGGUCACGGAAAGAGGCGCGCGUGUGCAGCGGUGCGACGACAGCCGCUACGCGCCGGCCAUGCCACGUGUCAUCGCCUUCGACAUUGAAACGACAAAGGCUCCUCUGCGCUUUCCGCAGCCGGAGGUGGAUGAGGUGUACAUGAUAUCGUACAUGCUGGACGGUCGCGGCUACCUGAUCAUCAACCGCGAGAUCGUGACGGAGGACAUCGCGCCGUUCGAGUACACCCCAAAGCCCGAGUACGAGGGCUUUUUCGACACCUUCAACGAGGAGAACGAGGCAGCGACGCUGCGACGCUUCUUCGAUGAGAUGCGCAAGUACAAGCCGAAUGUGUAUGUUACAUACAACGGCGACUACUUCGACUUCCCCUUCAUCCACGCCCGUGCCCUGUACCACGGAAUGAAUAUGCGCAAUGAGAUCGGCUUCACGCAGACGGCCGAUGGCGCCUUCCUGAACAAGCAGAUUCCUCACCUCGACUGCUUCUACUGGGUGAAGCGGGACUCGUACUUGCCGCAGGGCAGUCAAGGCUUGAAGGCGGUCACCAAGUACAAGCUCGGCUACGAGCCUAUCGAGGUGGACCCUGAAGACAUGCUCCCUCUCGCGCAGUCGCAGCCGCAGCGCAUGGCCUCGUACUCGGUGUCGGACGCUGUUUCGACGUGGUACCUCUAUCAGAAGUACGUGCACCCCUUCAUCUUUUCCCUCGCCACGAUUAUUCCGAUGCCACCAGACGACGUGCUGCGCAAGGGCUCAGGUGGCCUGUGCGAGUCGCUGCUGAUGGUGCAGGCGGAGGCGAACAACGUGGUAUUUCCAAACAAGAAGGAAGCCGAGCGGGAGCGUUUCUACGAGGGCCAUCUAAUUGACACAGAAACGUACAUCGGCGGCCGCGUCGAAGCGCUGCGCAGCGGCGUGUACCGCUCCGAUAUCCCAAUGACCUUUGACAUGAAUCCUGAUACCUACCAGAGUCUCAUGGACGACGUCGACGAAGCGCUCCGCUUCACCCUCGAGGUGGAGAACGGUGUGAAGGUAGAGGAGGUGACGAAUCUGAAAGAGGUGAGGGCGGCCGUCCUCGCCAAGCUAACGAACCUGCGCGACCGGCCGCACCAGCAAGAGAAGCCGUUCAUCUACCAUCUCGACGUCGGCGCCAUGUAUCCGAACAUCAUUCUUACAAACCGCCUGCAGCCGUACGCCAUUGCGCGACCAGACGUGUGCGCUGGGUGCUGCUUCAACUCCCCGAACAACGAGGCGCAGUGCAAGCGCGUCAUGUCAUGGAAGUGGAGGGCCGAGCUCUUCACCGCCGGUCGCUACGAGUUUCAGCGGGUCAAGGCCCAGCUCGAGAACGAGUCCUUCGCUGCCGGCGUGAUUGACCAGGCGAACCUCGCGGCCGUGCAGAAAAAGGCGUACGGCAACCGCAAGGGCAAUGUGCUGGAAGGCACCGCUUACGAGCGGAAAGACGACUGGAAAAAGAACCAGAGCAGUAACAGGGGCGGCAGCGGUGCCGGGUACCGACAGGAGUCGCGGCAGCAGCAGCGCGAGGCUGCCGACGCGCUUCUCCAGCGCGAGUUUGGUGCCGAUCGCAACGGUGAUGGCGGCACCUCCGACUCGGACGACGACGCCGACGGCCCAAAGGCGUACCACAAGCUCAACGAGAACACGCAGUUCAACAUGCUGAAGCGGCGGCUCAGCGAAUAUAGUCGAAAGGCCUACGGCAAGAUUCACGAGACGCGCGAAGUGAUGCGGUCAAAUGUGGUGUGCCAGCGCGAGAACUCCUUCUACGUCGACACGGUCCGCCUCUUUCGCGACCGCCGCUACGAAUACAAGGCAGCACUGAAGACAUGGAAGAAGAGGCUGGACGCUGCGAAGGACUCGGACGAGCGCAAGGUGUGCCAGAGUCGCUGCGUGCAGAUGGAAUCGCUGCAGCUGGCGCACAAGUGCAUCCUCAACUCGUUUUACGGCUAUGUGAUGCGGAAAGGCUCGCGGUGGUCGAGUAUGGAAAUGGCAGGCAUCGUCACCUAUCUCGGCGCGACGCUGAUUCAGAUGGCCCGCUCGCUUGUCCAGCAGAUCGGUGUGACACUCGAGCUUGACACGGAUGGCAUCUGGUGCUGUCUUCCUAACACGUUUCCCGAGAACUUCACGUUUACCACGACAAACCCGUCCAAGCCGAAGAUAUCCAUAUCGUACCCGUGCGUCGUGCUGAACAAAAUGGUGCAUGAUCGGUACUCAAAUCACCAGUACCAGGACCUUGUCAGCACGGGCGUGUACAAGACUCACAACGAGUGCUCGAUUUACUUUGAAGUGGACGGCCCGUACCUCGCCAUGUUGCUCCCUGCUAGUCGCGAGGAGGGCAAAAGCAUCAAGAAGCGCUACGCCGUCUUCAACCCGGACGGCAGCUUGGCCGAGCUCAAGGGGUUUGAGCUGAAGCGUCGCGGCGAGCUGAUGCUUGUCAAGGACUUCCAGUCACAGGUAUUCCGCCGCUUCCUCGACGGCAGCACGCUCGCUGACGCGUAUGCCUCGGCGGCUGUCGUGGCGGAUGCCGCGCUUGACAUGCUCGAGUCCAAAGGCGAAGGCUACGAUACAGAGGAGAUCCUGGAAAAGAUUGCGGAGAGCAGCAACAUGACUCGGCGCCUCUCCGAGUACCCCGAAUCGCAGAAGUCGCUGGCCAUCACGACAGCACGGCGCAUUGCCGAGUUCCUGGGACCGCAAAUGGUGAAAGAUAAGGGCCUGGCGUGCCACUUCAUCAUCUCACGCAUGCCGGCGGGCCGCCCCGUCACGGAGCGGGCGAUUCCCGUCACAAUCUUCCGCGCGGACCCGGCAGUUCGCACGCAUUUUCUGCGCAAGUGGACCGCCGACACGUCGGUUCCGUCCGAGCUGAAUUUGAAGACGCUGCUGGACUGGGAUUACUACACCGCACGCUUCAGCGCCUGUGUGCAGAAAAUCGUGUCUAUCCCAGCUGCACUGCAGUCGCUGCCGAACCCGGUGCCGCGCGUGGUGCACCCAGAGUGGCUGGAGAAGCGCAUUCGUCACCGCAACUCUCGCUACCGCCAAGUCUCACUUCUCGGCAUGCUAUCCAAGGUGCAGGGCAAAAACGAGGAGCUCGUUGGCGUGUCGUCAUCGGCGGCCGCCGCUGCUGCAGUCAGAGUGGACGAGAACCAGGGCGAGGACGUGGUUAUGCGGAAGCCGGGGGGUAGUGCGGGCGCUGUAGAGGGAGAGCUCCAGGACUUGGAAGACAUCGUGGGCGGUGCAGGCAGCGGCACCGUACGCCACGCACGGAAGACGAAGAAGGCCGGUGCGGCCCGUGCUGGUGAACGGCGAGGUACCGCGGGGGAGGACGCUGAAGCGAAAUCGGACGAAGACGACGUGGAGUGUGAGGAGUCGGAGGAUGACAUGGAGCGGCUGCAGCGCGAGGCGGAUGCCGAGCUGGAUACGCUGGCGCAUGAUGUGAAGCAGCGCUACUUUGCGCCGAAGAGCACGAACGCGCUCGACGCAGAAUUUUUUGCCGACCGUGGUACAAAGCGGUGGCUGGCGCAGCGCAAGGACGCGUGGCUACAACGAGCUCGUCUGCGCAGGGAGCUGGCGCUCGAGAACGGCCUGAGCGAGGUCGCUCUCGGUGGGGAGAACAGUGGCGCAGCGGCUUUCGGGCUAGCGACGACGCCCGAUGUCGCUGGCAUGAACAGCCACUUCAUCGAUCUAAAGUCACGCGCGCUGGCGACCGUUUGGAACGUGCUCGAGGUGCGCGAGAAUGAGGAAAGCCCCGGAACUGUGCAGGUGCUUGCGGCGCUAGAGCACAGCCUCUACUCCUUCCGUGUUCAGGUGCGUCGCACCGUCCUUGUCGACGCGGACCCCGCACUGGGCCUGCAGGCGUUCGACGCUACUGAGGUCAGCGGGCGGGUGCUGCCGCGCCGCGCAGCAGCAGGUCGCCUCUACCAGAUCGAUGUUCCGCCUGGCGAGGAGGGGGAGCGGUGCCUCAAUGAGCUGCAAGUGAUGGAGGGCGUUCGCCAGAUCUACGAGAAGCAUCGCACGCGCGUGGACACGUUUGUCGAGCAACUCGGUUGCUGCGUCUCCGUCGACUCGGCGCGACACCUGCGCAACGCGCGUCGUCGCCCACCGUCGCAGCGUGAGCUCUUUGGCAUAGAUGAGAUGAACAUGCACACGUACACGAAUUAUCUCAGCCGUGGCGCCGGGGACCGUGCCGUGUUCGUCUUCCACGCGGUGACGGAGCAGCGCGGUUUGAUUGCUGCCGUUUACCCGCAGACAAGCACUGCCUUCGUUGUCUUCAUUCAACCAGCUGAGGCGGCGAAGCCCGUGAUCAACUGGGGCGGCAUUUGCGCGGAGAGCGCGAAGCGGCUGCACACGAGCACGACGGAGCCGAUUCAGGUCACAUCCGCCGUGGCGGUGGAUCAGCGGGCGGCGUGGCGACAGGUCCAUCAGCACCUGAGCGCCGCUUUGGAAAGCACCAAGGCGCCUCUCCUGGCUGUGCUGCAGAGUUGCCAGCCCACGUCGGCACUCCUGCAGCAGCGCGCGUUGCCUGUGGGACUGCCGUACCUACGUAUCCUCGGCGCUGCGGAGGAUGAGCGGCUGCUGAGCGACCCGUUCCGCUGGACGCGUCUGCUGGCGCGGCGGCUGUUUGAGCGCUUCUUUGCGUCGCUGUUGUGGGUAGAGGAGCGUCUGGCGCUGAGCCGUGUCUCCGGCAUCCCGCUUUGCAACAUUGCCCAGGACAGCUGCGUGCAUGUGCUGGAUGUGCUGUACAGUCGUGCCCUGCACCGGCACAACCACGUGCUGUGGUGCAGCAGCGAUCCUCUCAUUACUUUUGACACCGUGGAGGAGCGUCCACGCGAGGUGUGCAUGGCCGGCGGCUACACUUCGUGGUGCGUCGAAUUCGGCCUUUCGCGUCUGGACGUCGUCGCGCUGCUCUUCUCACAGGCGAUUGAGGAGGGUGAUGACCCGAACGCACGGGUGCUGUCUGACCGUGGCGUAUCCACGCACUUCAACAUCUUGCGUGAUCUGGUGGCCGACUUGCUGGGCCAGGCCAUGGAGAACAUCCUCGUCGACACACUCCUCAACAACGUGGCGCGGUGGCUGCGCGACCCAGCGUCCUCCUGCUACGAGCCGCGCUUGGUGGAGCUGCUCAGCAGCCUCGCACACCGUGCGCUCACAGGCAUCCUGCUCCGCCUCGCCAAGCUCGGCGGCCGCGCCGUAAAGGUGGACGGCAGUUCCGUCACCGUUCUCACCUCCAAGUACUCGCUGCAGGAGGCGGUGAGCUUCGCCCGCUUUAUGACAGCAUCGCUUCAGGACCAGCCAAUGCUAGUGCUGCUCUCGCUGCAUCCGCUGCGCUACUGGUGUCCAUACGUUGUGCUUGACCCUUGCGACUACGCUGGCCUGUUCAUCACCGAGGACGCCAUCAAGUUCAAGGAGGCCGAGGGGCCGACACGAUCGGAUCUGCACGUAGCGCAUCAGCUCACGAUGGCUAGCCGACUGCCCAGCCGUGUCCGCAAUACGUUUCUGGAGCGCGUUGUCGAGACUCUCUACCGGCUGAACGCGUCAGCACACCGCGUGUACUGCGACACAGUGGUCGAUCACACGGUCACGCUCGCCACGCGACACGACCACCUGACACGGCGCUUGCUGCAGGACUCGCAGAAGUUCUUUGAGGGUGUCCUGCAGACAGACAUCAUGGACGAGGUGCAGCGCGUGACGGACACGCGCGACCUGUACACCGAGGAGGAGCACGCGGCACAUGAGCGUGGCGAGCUGACGCUGUGGUCCAGCGGCGCCGUGGCACUCGAGUACGCGAAGUGUGUGUGUCGCGUUCUGGAGCUGAUCCCGUGCAACGGCGCGGUCGGAAAAGUGCGCAACAACUGCAUGCGUCUCUGCGGCAUCAGCCCCUUCUCCGCCCAGUCGCAGUUUCAGGCCGAUCCGUUUCUGGCGCACCGCCUUCAGUCUGUCACAUGCAGUUUCUGCAACUCAAACAUCUCGAUCGACUUGCUUGUGAGGCGGAAGUCGGUGACGUCGCCAUUUACGUGCACGGCAUGUGCGGCGCCCAUUGCAGCAGCUUCCAUGGAAGGAACGCUGGUCCGUCAUGUGAGCCAGCUGCUGCGAGUUUACAACCAGCAGGACUUUGUGUGCACAAAGUGUCGUGAGAUGGCAACAACCUACGUGGCCGAAAGGUGCUGUGGCGCCCUCGUCAGCAAGGCAGCGCCGGUAGAAGGCGAGCUUCGGGCACUUCAUCACCUUGCGAAGAUACAAGGCUUUGCGUGGCUUGCCGAGAGCGUGGAGGCGGCGCUCCUCUGCACGUGA